UCGCAGCUGCGCGCUGGAGCAACGCGCAAGCGGCACGAAGCGCGCUCGCGAUAACUGCGUCAGCUGGGCGGAAAAGGCGGGAGCAGAUUGCCGCUUCCGCGUCCGCGCAACACUCGCAGAAGCACAAAACACAGAGGAAAAUGGACCAUAAGUUAAUACAGGCUGUCUGUAAUUACCCAGAGUUAUAUAAUGUCACUUUGCCGAAUUACCGUUGCACUGAAAGUCGGGCAAAUGCGUGGAGAGACAUCAGCAUGGCACUGGGUGUCCCAUGUGAUGCGUGCAAAAAAAGAUGGAAAAAUUUGAGAGACCGAUACUUGAAGGAAGUUCGACUAGAGAUCAAAACCAAGAAGCAGGGGGGUUUUGUGCAAAGUAAAUGGAAAUACCGACAGCUCAUGAACUUUAUUGCCCCCUUCACUGGAUCGAGGGUUGGUGUGACUGACAUGUGUGGCAACACCGAAGAAGAACGUAAAAACCCUGACAACGUAUUGGGAAAUGAGGAAACCACUCUGUCCGAGUCUGUCAAAACACCCCAGAAUAUCACUAAGGUAGCGCUGAGUCUGCCUGAGGCGAAGCCCCAGGUGGCGUUUGUGACGCAGCUUCCUGCUCUGUCUCAAGAUAUCCAGCUGGCCGUCGUAGCCAAGACCCCCCCCGGCCCACAGGUGAUCCCGGUCAGCAACAACGGACAGAAACGAAAGAUCAUGUCUGAGCCGCCAUCACCCUCUUCUCCUCAAAGUACACACUCCCAAUCAAAAUGGCUGUUGAAAGACCACACCACCUCGUUUUCGUCCAGGCCGCGGGACGAGGACGAACUGUUUCUGCUGAGCUUCGUUCCUGCUCUGAAACGACUCGCACCCCAGACCAGGUGCGAAACAAAGAUGAAGAUCCAGCAGAUCAUGUAUGAAGCAGAAUUCAGCACUUCACCUGAUGAGAGUCAAGAGAAAAGGACAGCGGCAGGAACACAGGACAAAUCUUGAACUGUCUCUAGCCUGCACUUUCACACUUUUGUAGAAUACACAGUUAAUGAACCCAAAUUAAAAUCACACAAAGCUUCACCGUCAGUAGAAAAAAAAAACUCACAUUCGGAAACAUGUUUUUUCCAGCAGCCAUUCUUCAUUUUGAUUAUGAAGUCUACAAUAUUUUACAUAUAAUUACAGUGAAAUACAGAAACUGGAGUAGAAAUAAAAGAUUAUAAAGUCUGGAGACGAACACUGUUUGAAAUAAAGUUCUUUGAAUUUCGCUUCCAUCUGAAAGAAGUUAAAAAAAUCAGCUAAGAUACUGGUUUAGCUUAGCUGCUAUUGGCCAAAAACACAAAGGUAUUAUUGGUCAUUUCUCCAGGAAACAAACAUCUUAAUCAUUAGAAUCAUUAAGUUGCAUUAAAGUUUUGUGCAAAAAAUUAUUUUUGCUUCACAAUAAAUAGCUGUAGAUUCACAA